CCGUUGACACAAGACGAGAGUCCCCUAGUUGUUUGUGUGUGUAUGUGUGUGUGUGUAUAAUGCUUUAUUACCGGAGGUUAUUGUUCAGUUGCAAUGGGACACUCCAGGCCAUUUCCACUCUCAACAAGUUCCCUUUGAGGACAACUUGGUAAAAUCAACUUUCCCCUUUCCUCGGUAGUUCAAGGACACAGGAUCUGAAGUACUUGUGUAGUGUUGCCUUGCCUGAGUCACUCUCUUUUAAAUAAACUAAUCUGCACUCCCUUUUGGGCACUGAACUCCACAAUGGACUCGAUUUCCAGAGGGACAACAAUUUAUUUUUUACCUUUCAUGAACAAACUAUAGCAACAGGCCCUAGGUUACUCUUAAGCAGAAAGUCCUCUCCUGGGCAAACAAACUGAAUAUACUCAACUUACGUAUACUGUGCCCACAAUGAAAUAGUUUGAGCCAGAAUUUGGACUUGAGUUGUGAGUCUUCACAUCCAGCAGGGUGUAGUUUAUGUGGAAUUUUUCCUGAAUUUUCAGUGUUUUAAGUCCUCGGAACUGAGUAUCUCAAAGUUUGUUUUAACAGUGGAAACCAAAGGUUUAGGUUGUAAUAGUCCUUUCCCACACAGUGUUGGAUCAUUGCUAUGUAAGCUUCCUUAUUGUGUCUUGUGUGGGGUUGAUCAUUUAAAGAUAUUUCUGUUAGUCUGUCCAUUAAUCAAUAUUUUUUCCACUAUAUAUUGGUGAAAGCAAUUACUCUAGGAGAUCUUUUUUUAUCCACCGUUUCUCAGAAACCCUUAAAAUGUUCUAAUCAAACUUUGUUUACAACCACUGUUGUAAUGAAUUACCAAAAUUUGGUUGAGUAAGGAAAAAACAAAUGCUAAAGAAAUGAUAUAGUUGCGGUGGCAGUAGCCUCUGAGCCAAACAGCCUGUGAAACUACAGCUGGCACAGAACAACCGACUUGGCAAUAUUAUAAAAUACAAAAUGUACAAUUAUUUAUUUAAUGAAUGGAAACUGAAUGAGAAUUGUUGAUUGCACUACAUGGAAAAAAAAAAUGUCAUUGGAAAUCGUUGGAACAAGACAGGAAUUGUGCACAAUGUUCUUCCACUUGAGCUGCAGCUGAUUGUUCAGUCCAGACUGAACUAGAAGAGAAAAGAGCUGAAUGGCUGUAACCCAAUCUGUUGCUCUGGGGUAGGCUAGAAUGCCUGGCAGGGCAUGAACAGAGAGCACAGAGCAGCGUCAGCUCAUAGACUGUGGCUGAGGACACACAGCGAUGCUGAGACACUGACACACACACUCUCUCUCUCUCUCUCUCUCUCUGCCUCUCUCUCUCACACACACACACACACACAGAGUCUCUCUGAGGAGCACCGUUGUCAGAUGUGAUGCAGAGCCACUCAGCGUAGCGUCACUGUUCAGAGCGAGAGACAGCAAGUAGAGAGGGAGAGACUAAGAGAGGGAGAAAAGGGGUAUCAUGCUGCCUCCACAUCCUUUCCAGUGCGGGGUGUGUCCCUCCUUCGGCAGCUCGACUGUCCCUCUGGCCUCCUUUUGCACCUCUUGGGUGUCUGGUUGCCGGGAGUGAGCCCUCACGGGGGAAGUGAUGACGCUAGGCUAGGGUUUUGGAGAUCAAACCCCCCACUGGAGCACCGGCCAUCUGUAAGGAACCGCAGCGUUCAUGGAAUAUGAAACUAAGAGUGGCAGAGCUGGACCCGGCAACACAACGUCUCCCAGGCAGAGUGUGAGGAAAAACCUGGACUUUGAGCCUCUCUCUACCACGGCACUGAUACUGGAAGACAGACCUGCUAAUCUGCCUGCCAAGCCAGAGGAGGAGGCUCAGAAGCACAGACAGCAGUAUGAAGAGAUGGUGGCCCAGGCCAAGAAGAGAGAGCUGAAGGAGGCACAAAAGAGGAAGAAGCAACUUGAGGACCGCUGUAAGAUUGAGGACAGCAUUGGUACAGCCGCUCAGACCUGGAACCAGGAGAUUUUACCCAACUGGAGCACCAUGUGCACAUCUCGACGAGUGAGAGACCUCUGGUGGCAAGGCAUCCCCCCCAGUGUUCGAGGCAAAGUGUGGAGUUUGGCGGUGGGGAAUGACCUCAACAUCACACACGAGCUGUAUAACAUUUGCCUGGCCAGAGCCAAGGAGAAGUGGAGGAACAUGACGGCCCUCGCCCCAGAGAUGGAAGCUGAAGAUGCAGGUUCUUCAGACCGGGAGUCAAGUCUAGAACUGAUCAAGCUGGACAUUUCGAGAACCUUCCCCCAUCUGUGCAUUUUUCAGAAGGGCGGGCCCUACCACGACGUGCUGCACAGCAUUCUGGGAGCAUACACUUGUUACCGGCCAGAUGUUGGUUACGUGCAGGGAAUGUCCUUCAUCGCUGCAGUGCUCAUCCUCAACUUGGACACGGCCGAUGCCUUCAUAGCGUUCGCCAACCUGCUCAAUAAGCCGUGUCAGAUGGCCUUCUUCAGAGUGGACCACAGCCUUAUGUUAACCUAUUUUGCAGCAUUUGAAGUGUUCUUUGAAGAAAAUCUACCAAAGCUCUUUGCACAUUUCAAGAAAAACAACUUGACCCCUGAUAUUUAUUUAAUCGACUGGAUCUUCACCCUGUACAGUAAGUCCCUGCCGUUAGACCUGGCGUGUCGGGUGUGGGACGUGUUCUGCCGGGACGGCGAGGAGUUCCUGUUCCGCACGGCGCUGGGCCUGCUGCGUCUCUACCAGGAAGUCCUGACCUGCAUGGACUUCAUCCACAUGGCUCAGUUCCUCACCCGGCUGCCCGACCUCAUCCCCGCCGACCAGCUCUUCCAGCACAUCGCAGCUGUCCACAUGACCAGUCGAAACAGGAAGUGGGCUCAGGUCCUGCUGGCCUUGCAGAAAGAUCCAGAGCGAGGGAGCCCAGUGCUGAAGCGCUGAGCUGAAGUUAGAAGGUAACACUAAUGGACUCCUCCUCCUCCAGGUCCUCCUGGAGAGACACUGCACUCCUGUCAGGCUAAGCAGACCUGACGUUCACCUGGGUUCGGUCAGAGGACUCAUCUGCUCGUUGCUGCAGUGAUGAACGUCUUUGUCCAGUUCUACAUCACUGCUCUGACCUGAAGCAGAGCCCCGGAGACGCUCUGUCAGGGAAGAGUCGGGGGGGGGUUGGGGUGCGAGAAAGAAAACGAGGCCUUACUUUUUUCCACCUUCCAUCCUCUGUCCAGAUGUCAAGCGGUGAACUAAAAACUUGGGCCGUCUCAGGCUGAAGAAUGUACUACACACACUCCUCAUCCACACCAACCAGCAGACUAAUGCAGGUUUCUACAGGCCAGGGGAAACGGCUCCGACCCCCUGCUUUGUUUUUGUACUCUCUCCCUGGCAACAGUCUUUUCUUUUUAUGUUAAGUAUACAGUAAUUCCCCCGAUGUCUUUAAAAACAGUAUUGAGCAGGGAAAUUUAAGCAGUUUGUCCAUGUGUAGUAU